UUCCACAUCGACAUACUACAACAGCUGUUUCAAUUCUUAUGUCUUUUAGGUUACCAUUACCGUACCAGGAAUUCUCCUUCUUUAUGUCAGCGCAAUUAUAGCAUAAGUACUGGAAAACUAGAGCAAUUGACACAGAUGAUCAUGGGAGUAAGCAGCCAAGAUAGCACCGGCACAUGGCAGACAAAACUGGAGCUGAUCUCUCGCAACCUGCAAGAGGUGUUGGGAGAGGAUCGAAUGACGGCCAUCUUGAAAGAGCGCGACCUGAAGAUAUAUUGGGGCACAGCGACCACUGGGAGGCCGCAUAUCGCCUACUUCGUGCCCAUGUCCAAGAUCGGUGACUUUCUGAGAGCUGGCUGUGAGGUGACAAUCCUGUUCGCAGACCUGCAUGCCUACCUGGACAACAUGAAGGCGCCAUGGGAGUUGCUGGCACUCAGAACACAGUACUAUGAACACGUGAUCAAGGCUAUGCUCAGGUCGAUCGGUGUGCCGUUGGAUAAACUGAAGUUUGUUCGCGGUACCGACUAUCAGCUAUCCAAAGAAUACACGUUGGACGUGUACCGACUGAGUUCUGUGAUAACAGAGCAUGACGCGAAAAAAGCUGGAGCCGAAGUGGUGAAGCAAGUGGAGCAUCCACUGCUUUCAGGCCUCUUGUACCCUGGACUGCAGGCUCUGGAUGAGGAAUACCUGAAAGUGGACGCUCAGUUCGGUGGUGUGGACCAGAGAAAGAUUUUCACAAUGUCGGAAAAGUAUCUGCCCCAAUUGGGAUAUGCUAAACGCAUUCAUCUCAUGAAUCCCAUGGUGGCCGGUCUAGCGGGAGGCAAGAUGUCUUCCUCGGAAGAGGACAGCAAGAUAGAUUUGUUGGAUAGUCCGGCUGCUGUUAAGAAGAAGCUGAAGAAGGCAUUCUGUGAGCCUGGCAACGUGGACGAUAACGGGGUACUGGCAUUCGCAAAGCAUGUUGUCUUCAGUCUCUUCAAGUCUGGCCAGAAGUUCGAGAUCCACCGCGACGAUAAGAACGGAGGCAAUUUGUCGUUUGCGACUUACGACGAACUGGCCGCUUGCUUUGCGACGUCGCAACUGCAUCCGGCCGAUUUGAAAGCGGCAACCGAACGAUACAUCAACGAUUUGUUGGAGCCGAUACGUCGAACUUUCGAGGCACCCGAACUGAAGGCCUUGGCUGCGUCCGCCUAUCCGCCACCGGCAGGCAAGAAACAGCAACCUGCUCAGGCCAAACAAGGCGGGGGUGGUGGCACGGCUACGAACGACGCCAUAGAUCCCAGCCGAUUGGACGUGAGAGUUGGCAAAAUUGUUAAAGUCGACAAACAUCCUGAUGCAGAUGCUCUCUACGUAGAACACAUCGAUCUAGGUGAAGAGGAGCCGCGUACUAUAGUGAGUGGCCUGGUGAAGUAUGUGCCCAUAGAAGAGAUGCAGGAUAGAAUGGUGGUCGUGCUAUGCAAUUUGAAACCGGCCAAAAUGCGGGGAGUCGAAUCGCAGGGAAUGGUGCUCUGCGCCUCUGUUGAGGAGGGUGACACCAAGUGUGUGGAGCCUCUUCUACCUCCCGCUGGGAGCGCUGCCGGCGACAGGGUGCAUGUAGAUGGCUACGAAAGUUCGCGACAACCAGAUGCUGUACUCAACCCUAAGAAGAAGAUAUGGGAACAGUUGCAGGUCGACCUGAAAACAUCGUCCAGUUGCGAGGCGCAAUGGAAGGGAAGCAGCUUGCAAACUAAACUCGGAAAAGUAACCUGUAAAUCUAUGAAAAAUGCUCCAAUCAAGUGAAUUUGCAUAACAAAAUUCUACAGGUUUAAUCAUAUGAAAAUCUAUGAAAAAUGCUCCAAUCAAGUGAAUUUGCACUGCAAAAUUCUGCAGGUCUAAUUAUCAUUUAAUUUUUUUGACGGUCGCUUAUGGUGGCGGCUUGUAAUACAAAAUGCCACGACUUUUUAUUUUUCAGAACAAAAUAAUUCUAUUUCUCCAGUUGCACUCUGCGACUUCACUUGGUACACUGAAAACUGUCUACAUUCAAAGUUGUAUAGUAGAAUAAAAUGUAUUGAGAUUUAGGCCUACUUCUAACUGUCAUUAUUCCUUGAAAAUUAUUUAUUUAUUUAUACAUUAAUGAAUACCAUAUCAUUCUCAACUAUGAAUGAUUGGGGAAGGAACAACAGGCUUAAAGCCUAAAACUGUUACUUUCCCAAAUUUGGUUAGAAAUUGACCAAAAAUAGGUUAUGUUCAUCACUUCAUAUUAUGAAUACUAUCUAUUGAAAGUAUUUUAAUAGGGCUAAUUGAGUUGUUUAUUAUAGAAAUUACUAUUAUCGUACUAUUUAUACUUCUUUAAAUUAUAAGCACAACUAUUCUUGAACUAGAAACUAGUUGUGCUUAUAUUUAGGGCCGGUUUCCGAGCUCGGGAUUUAGGUAAGUUCUAGACUUUAAACAGCUGGAGUCAGAAAAUUGGCUUUCCAAAACGGGGCGUAGUCGCAGUAAAUAGUUGCAGCAAAAUAAAUCUUUAUGUUCUCAUUUCUAUAAUUGAAAACGUUUUUCCUUGACGAAAUGAAACAUUCCUAAUUAAUUCAAAAUAGCUGAAAAUUUACAAUAUUUUCUCUCUAUUUUAUAGUUUUUCGAAAUUCAAUUUAAACGUGACUUUGACAAUGACUACGACUACGCCACGUUUUGGAAAGCCAAUUUUCUGACUCCAGCUGUUUAAAGUCUAGAACUUAGCUAAAUCCCGAGCUCGGAAACCGGGCCUUAAUGUUGUGUUUUAAAGUACGAAGAGGGUAAUAUAGUAAUUAAAUCAAAUCAAAUUAUUUAUUGUCACACAACAUUAAAAUGUUACAACAACGUCAUUAAUAACACAGAGAACAUCAAUUUAAAAAAGAAAUCUUCAACUUUAUAUAAACAUUCAUUGACCAGUACUUUUUUCAAAUAUUUACAGUAACUAUUAAAGCUCAUUCUUUUGAUAUUUUCAGGCAAAGCGUUAUAAAGUUUUAUUGACAUGUAUUGCCAGUUUUUUUGAGAACUUGUAAAUUGGUAAUACUCGACUCUUAUAUUAUGUUGGUGUAUCCUAGAGUUAACAUCAUAUUCAUUCUAUAAUAAUCUAUAAUAAUUGAACGUGAAUAUUAUAUUUUCUACAGGGCUAGUAGAUAUUUUUAUUAUUUAUAGAAUUUCUAGUGUCCAUUUAUUUUAUUUGCUUGUCUUUGGACGUGUCAGCUAAGAAAAUUGAAAUAUACUAGGGAUUCUACAUAAUACUCCAGAUAAAACUUGAAUGGGAAGUAUUCCAUUUUAAAUUUGAUGACAGUUUGAUGUCAAUCUCUGUUUUCAAUAUUAUUUCUGAGAUCUGUUUCAUUUUUUAUAUACACAGUUUUUUUAUUUCUGAGAUCUGUUUCAUUUUUCAUUAUAUUAUUCAUGAAUUUUGUCAUUGAUCAACUGAAAAAUAAGCAAUAAUGUUAUAUCGGGUAUGUUGUGAUAUUUGAAAGAAAUGAAAUAGAUGAAUUUCGAACUGCUAA